CCCGAUUGGAACAAUGCAGCAAGAAACUGACGGGUAUAUAAACAACUUGAUAGAAUGACGUGGCCACGGCAAAGUCUGGUCUUCUCCGUCGCCCUACUCAUAUUGAUCGUCAUCAUCUUCCUGACAUUCUAUCAAAUCGCAUGGAGACAGAGCUCAGAGGUUCCGACGGUUGCAUUUGCAGACAUGCGGAGACUAGCGCCAGCGGGCACCCAGAGACAAGCCUUCCCGAGUUAUAUAGACUUUAGUAGAAAGGGAAAAGAACGGUUUCUCUAUGAGGUUCGGGAUUUCUGGGAAGCUGAAGCACUUCACACUGCGCUUAUGGAUCACACCGAGGUCAAAUGCAAUGACAUCAAAGGGAAAGGCAGUGGAGACGGCAAAUGGAACGUGUGUAUGGACCCCGCGUACAAACCCAAGUCACCCUGCCUCGUCUAUUCAUUCGGAAUAGCUAAUGACUUCUCUUUCGACGAUGCUUUAGCGGCGAUGGGAUGUAAUGUUCACGCGUUUGAUCCGAGCAUGAAGCAGGGAGACCACAAGCACGCCGAGCAUGUGUGGUUUCACAACCUCGGCGUCGGCGUCAACAACACGGACACAUUCAGUCCAAGGAAGGAUGUUUACGUCAAAGACGAACAGAAGUGGAAGAUACGCGACGUGGCGACCAUAUUAAAGGAGCUUGGACACGAGGGGAAAACCAUCGACAUUUUGAAGAUGGACGUUGAAGGCUACGAAUUCCACGUCAUCAAGAAUAUGUUGGAGACGGGCGUUCUCGACCACGUGCGGCAAUUUCUCGUCGAGUAUCACGUGUUCGACGAGAACCGUUUCAAAUUUGUUGAACUCUUCAAAAUCACGCGAGAACUCUACGACGCGGGAUUCCGCCGUUUUUUCUCGUUUCGGCUAAUUUAUCCGUGUCCGUAUAAAUACUGCAAUCAGGCUAAUAUUGGAUUCAUCAACACCAAGUUUGGGAAAAAGUGA